GGAAGUUAUGGAAAUGACGAAAGUGCAUUCAUGAACUUUACGAUGACUAAUUUGAUACUGUUGACAUGAAACACGAACUCCUUAAAUAAUGUACUCCAUAAGAAGAUGGUUAUUUAGACCAAAGAAAUCUGAUGCAGCCCUGUUAGCCAAGUUCUAUUUUACUGAUGAAGAGCUCAACCAAGUUGCUGCAGAAUUAGAUAGCUUUGAUGGUCGAAAAGAUCCCGAGAGAUGUACAGCUUUAGUGACAAAGUUAAGGUCCUGUCAGGACAAAGUAUUAAAUGUUAUAGAGAAGAUAAUCGUAGAUGCCAUACCAACACUGAAAGCUAACCGUGAUUUCAGGGUUAAGUUUCCAGAUGAUGUCCUGCAAGAGAGUUUGGCAGGACAGUUGUGGUUUGGAGCUGAGUGCCUUGCUGCAGGUUCCAGUAUAAUGAAUAGGGAACUAGAGAGUGCCAGUAUGAGACCACUUGCCCGUGCCUUAACUAAAAAUUUAGACAGAUUAAGAUCAUUACUAAGAGAACAAUGUUUACGUAGUUAUUCUUAUAAUGAAAGGAUUAAAGAAGCGUUGGUGAUUUUUGAUAAAUUGUUUGCAGAAUUUGAAUAUAGUUAUGUUAGUACUAUGGUACCAGUGAAGAGCAAGAAAGAGUAUGACCUACUCCAGGAGAUCACUGUUCUGUUCUCUGAAACAGUUCAGAGGGCAUUAAAGAUAAAGUUAUUAACUCAGGACCAGAUAGAUGAUUGUGAUCCAGCUUUAAUGUUUACAAUACCAAGACUAGCAAUGGUUUGUGGGCUACUUAUUUAUUCUAAUGGACCAUUAAAUCCUAUAUGUGAUAGAUUGGAAAUGUCAGAAAUGUUCAGACCGUUCCAGACUUUGUUGAUCAAAAUUAAAGAAUUAUUGCAGACACUGUCACCACAGGAGCUAGCAUCGUUAGAAAAAUCCUUAUGUACAAAUGAACCAGUGGAGAAAGUUAUACCAAAAACUACUUUGGUGAACCAGAACUCUCAGACUGAUCCUGGCUUCGAGGAUAGUACAGAAGAGGCUGACAACAAUGCAGAUAUCACUGUUACUUUGGAAAAAACUUUGGACAAUAAGUCUUCCAAUGAAAGGUUAGACAAAAUAAGCCAGUUAGAUGAAUCUCAGCAAACAUUGUCACCAAGUGAUGAUAGGAAUUUUAUUUCACAUUUGAAUAAAUCUGAAAGUCGUGACUCUGGACUGCAAAGUGAGAAUACCAGUACCUCUGGCACAGUUUCUUGUGGGGUUGUCUCCCCUGAGGAAGAAAAUAGAUUUUUGGGUACAAAUGAAGUUUUGGAUGAUACAAACAGUGCAACACCAAAAGAGGUGGACAUCUGUGAUAAUGAAACUGUUGCUAUGACAACAACCAGUGCUCACAGCACAGAAUCUUUAGGAGAUAAUAUUUGUGAUACUACCGAUGCAGAAAACAUUCAUGACAUAUGUCUUUCAAUAAUUAACGAUAUAAUUAAUAAUUGUGCAGGGCAGCCUUCUAAUGACUUUAAUUCUGAAAUUCCACAAAUGGCAUCAUAUAAUUUGUGUUCGGACUGUGAUAAACAAACUGAGGAUUUAAAUUUGGCGACAAACUUUGAAAAUAGAAAACAGACUGAAAAUCAACCUGAUGUCAAAGUAGCAUCAGAUUCUAAACAUUUACAGGAAACAGAAAAUGAUCCCAGUGCACAAGGUUGUAGUCAAGUUUCUUCGUCAGAGGCAUCUAAAAUUGACAAAAAACAAGGAUCUGAACCACCUCUUGAUGAACAACAAAGUUGUAGUACUUCAAGGUCUCAUUCUAAACCAACACAAAGUUGUAGUACUUCAAGGUCUCAUUCUAAACCAACACAAAGUAGAAAACCACCUAUAGAUAGAAUUCAUUGUAAAACUGGAUCCACCGCAAAAUCAGGAACACGGGAAGUAAAACCUGAAUCAAAUGCUAAGCCAGAGACACAGAAAGGAAAAAGUAGAACUAAUAGUACAACACAGGAAACACAUAGAAAUAAAACUGGACGACAAGAUACGAGAGUUAGACGUGUUAGAUACAAUGGAACUAUCAGUAACACCUUCUCUAGUGUACAUGAUAAUAAUUAUGACUGGGAAAGAGAAAGUAGUGAUAGCAGUGGUAGUUCAGAUACCAGUUCUUACACAUCAGAUAGCCAAGAUGAUGAAGAAAUAGAACUUGCUGUCAAAGCUGCUGCUGUGGCAUCAAAGAAAGAAAUCCGGUCCAGAUUUCGUAGUAGUAGUGAUCUUAUCCACAGACUAUUUGUUUGUAUAUCAGGUGUAGCAGAUCAGCUACAAACUAACUAUGCAGGGGAUUUAAGAAAUAUCUUGAAGAGUGUCUUUGAUAUGAAUUCAUCAAGUGAACCAGAUGAAAUAGAAAGUGUAGGAACGAAAUUUGAUAGAACACAACAAAUUCAGGCUCAAUUACAGGCUGCAAGAGUCAACAGAUAUAGGCGUAGCAAUAGUAACCAUAGUCACAGGAGUAGAGAACCACCAGAAUGGGUACCAGAUGGACAGGCAAUCAGUUGUACAUCCUGUCAAGCUAUAUUUACUUUUGUAAGGAGACGGCAUCACUGCAGAAAUUGUGGAAAGAUAUUCUGUGGACUGUGUUCCAACAAUAAUGUACCCCUCCCACACUUUGGACAUUCAACUCCAGUCCGAGUCUGCAACAGAUGUUUUAUGUUCCAAGUAACACCGUUUGUAUCAGAAAGUUAAGGAAUUCUGUUCGUUUCAAACAUUCUCAGAGGACACUGAAUGAUUUACUGAGUUACUUAUUAGCAGCUGCAUUUAAAUUUGUUAUACUGAUCUAUUAUACAUCAUCAUAUAUUGUAAUUGGAUUUUUGUUUGCCAUAUCAUGCCAUUCACUGUUGCAAAAAAGAACAUAAAAGCCAAGAAAAUAAUAGUUUAUACAGUCGAAAUGGAGAUGCAAAGAAUAGUUUUCUCAUCAUUUUCCUACAAACAUUAAAUUUUCUACUUUGAAACUUGCUGUUUCUGUAAUAUAUUUGUUUUACAGACCACGUUAUUUUUCAUCAUUUUAUAUCAGAAUAAGAAAAUAAUGAAUGAAGAAACUACUAUUUUGGUGGAUUAUAGUUAAAUGGGUAUCACAUGUAUGAUGGGGAGAAGAAAUGUGUUGUUCUGGUUAUUUAUUAUUUUACAUUUUCUAACUGAAAAGUUAAAUCUGCUAACAUGCUUUUUGUCUGCAAAGGAACAUAUCAGAUAGCAUUCAUAUUAAACAAAAUAUGUGAAUCAGUUUUAAUAAUUCUAUAUUAGUAAACAUCUCCACACAUCACAAGGCACAAACCAUUUGAGGUAGUAUUUAUCUAAAUUAAAAUUAACUUUAGUUUUUUCUAAAAAAUAUAAUUAUCAAUAGAUGAACAAAAGAUUUGGCAGAUCAAUCAGUGUGUAAAAUUUAUUUUCAGUAGUAAUUUUAAUACUACAUGGAUGUUACACCUUUGCUGGUACUUUUAAGUAAAUCAGCUGUAACCAUGCAUGAUUUACACCAUUCCAAAUAUUAACUGGAAAAAAAAAUAAUGAAAAAGUGCAGUCAUGCUGGAAAGAGAAUGGAUGAUGAGGGAAAUAAUUUCUUACCUUUUUAAAUUUAGUGCAGGAUAUUGUAACUCAAAUAGGUGCUUGCUUAUUCUAUAAUGUAUAUAGUAGUGCUAAAAGUAAAAGAACAUAGUGAUAAAUCUCCACAAGACUUCUGUUGCUCACCUGGAUUAUUUUUAUAAGAACUAUGAAAUAUUAUGCAGGUCUAUGAUUUUGUCUUAUUUAUAUUCAAAUUGCUGUAUUAUUUUUUAGUAUUGUUAUUAUUUCUGAGAUGGAAAAAGUAUAAAAUGGAAAGUUUUUGUAUGUUUAUUCUAUAUUUAUUAAAUGAUAAUAAAAUAUUAGUACAUAAUAGUAUAAUUUAAUUGUGGAAGUUUUUAAACAAAUUAAUAAAAUUUUGAUAAAGCAUGUCAUUCCUUCAAUCUACAUACAAUGAAGUAUUGUGAAAAAGCCCAUAGUUGUACAAGUUCUCUAUCAUUUUAAAAAAAAUUGACAGAAUUUGGCAUCAAUAAUUUGAGAUUUGUGAAUUUUCAGACAGAGUUUUAGUUUGUAAGCUGCAGAUUUUCUUUAUUUGAUACAUUUUAAAUAUACAUAGAUGAAUUCAUCCCAAAAUUAACCUGAAGACAAACAUUAGUUAACAGGAAGGCUUUUUUAAAAUCUAGAGACUUGCUCUUUAUAUUCAUUUUCCAAGCAUUUAGAUAUUUACAGAUAUAUAUUAUAUUAAUUUUUUUGUGUGCUUUAAGCUAUGAUAAUUUUGAUAUUACCCCGGUAUUACAUUAUUUUAAGUUAUAAUAAAUUUGUCAUUAUUAAGUUCAUGUUUUAUGUUAUGUAAAAUUAAGUUAUAUCAGUUUGUAUGGUGCUUUCUGUUGCUGUGUUUUGCCUCUUUUUGUUUUGUUAAUUUAGCAUUUUGUGUUAGUUCCUGUGAAUCGUUAUGUUUUAUUUGUUAACCCAUAGUUUACUGCUUAACACAAUCAUUUCUUUUAUUUGUAUAAAUUUUUAUACUAUGCAUGUGUCAUGUGUUAAUAUGCUUAAUAUUUAAUCAUUAUGUUGAUCAUGAAAAGAUAAUAGUUUUGUAUCAUGACAGUUUCAUUAAAACAUUUUUGGUCAUUCAUUAAGCACUAUACAAGCUUACAUAUUUUUGUGGUAUGAUAUAUAAUACAUUUGAAACUAAAAAUAUUGAGAAAUAAUCUCUGGUUCUUCUCUUUUUCCAUAAUACUUUGCAUAUAAAAUAUUUAUAUUGAAAUAGAAAUCAUGUUUUUAACUGAAAUGUUAUAAACAGUCCAGUCAAUUUUCUUUUGCAAGUUACUUGCAUUUUUUUUUAAGUAUUUUUUUAUUCCAAACAUAUGGAAAUUUAUUUUUAUCUGUCAUAAGUACUAAACAUCAAUGAUAAUAUUAAUUAUUAAAUUAGAUCAUUAUAUAUCUUAUAUUUUUCUUCCUGCUAGAAUAGUUCCAUUAAAAACAAUACAUGUAUACAAAAUUUUGUUAACACCCCUGUCAGCUAAAGGCACUCCAUUUAUAUGGUUAGAUGGUACAUGUAGACUAAAUAUUUCAAUCUCACCACAUUUCUUACUAAUAACUAGGCAAUGCUUACUCUACUGAAAGGGGAGAUUUUUUUCUUUGAUAAAUCUGUUACAUAAAAAAGAAAAAUAAAUGUCUGAUUUCAUGUAGUCCUGAAGGGUUCAAGUAAAGAAAUAUUUUCUGCAGUUGUAAAAAAAAAAGACAUGAGGUUUUCAAACUAGAAAAAGACACAUGAAGACACAGUGAUUUUGAUUAUCUAUUACAUUCCAAAGCCAAGGUAUAGGGGAGGAAUAAAAUUGUCUUUAUCCAUACAUUCUUACAGGUAUAAUUGUCUCUACCUCUUAAAAAAUGCAUACACAAAUAAAUAUAUAUACGGUACAAAAUCACAGAAAAUUGUUAUGACACUACCAAUGAAGGGUAUAUUACAAUGUACAUCUGAUGAAUGUGGUAGAUUUUGUCUGCCUUGAGUUUCAGUGCACAGUUUCAUCUUGUUUUAACUUGAAGUUAAUUUGCAUCAUCACACACAACAAAAACAUUAUUUUACAAAGUUGCACAUGGUCUGUUUCUGUCUUGUUUAGACAUGUCUUUUAAAACAUUUUUUAGAUCCAUUUCAUCUUGUUUUAUCUUGAAGGUAAAUUUGCAUUAUCACUCACAACCAAAAUAAAUCUUUACAAAGUUGUGCAUGGUCUGUUUCUGCCUGGUUAAGGCAUGUCAUUUAAACAAAUAUUUUAAGUGUAUUUAUUUUUCUCCGUGUACAGGUCAACCAAGUACAAGAUAUAAGCAUAGGAUUUCCUUUUAAAAUAUGACAUAGGAAAGUGUCAAUACAAACUCAGUUAUGCUGAAAAACUUAAUUUAACAUUAAUUUUCAUGCCUUUUUAAAAGACUUAAUUUUAGAGUCAUUACAAUAUAUAAAUUUUCUUGACUUAUUUAAUGCUUUGUUUCUAUAAUCUUUAAAAGUUUGAUCAGUAUAGUGAUUAAACAUUAUAUUCUAAGGGUUGUGUAUGCUAUGGUUGUAAUAUGUCUCUUGAUUUUAUCAAAUAACCACCAUUCAAUAACAAUAUGUGAAAAACAAGGUUUCCAUAGUUCUGUAUACCACAAUUUCAUAGAGAUAACACUAAAAAGACUUUGCACCAAUUCAGAGUAAGGCAUGAAAACAUUUGUAAUAAACCCAUGUAUAAAUUCACUCAAUUUUAGUGUAAAACUUUCUGAUUGUAAAAUUCAUAUUCUUCAAAAUACAUGGUCAAUAUCUCUUGACUCCAAAAACUAAUCAGAAGUAACCCAGAAAAUUGGUUCCAUAAAAUGUUAUUUUGAUUCAAAACAUUUAGUUCUGAGGUCUUAAUGACAUUGUGACUGACAAAACAUUGUAAAAUACUGUCUAUUGAAUAUAUCAAAAUACAUUUCUGUAAAGACGGUGCUAUCCUAAUUGAAAAAUUUCAUUAAUUUCCAGGGUAAUCCACCCCUUGUAAACUCCUUUCAUUCAUUAAUUAAGUCUCCCAAACGAAGUUUGGGAAGACUUAUUGUUUUUGCUCAGUUCUUAUUAUUAUUAUUCUUCUUCUUCUUCUUCUUCUUCUUCUUCUUCUUCUUCUUCUUCCGCCGCUUUUAAAUUUGAACUUGUCCGCACCCGUUCUCCAAAACCGCUUGUCAGAUUAACUUAGGGUUUCACAAUAUGUUAGACUAACAUGUCUAGUGGUGCAAUCAGGGUUUUGUUUGUGCAAUGGGGUUUAUAAAGGGGUACUUUGAGGGGCAAAAAGAAAAGAGGGUUUUACUAAGGAACCCUAUGGGAUUUUAUUUUUUAAAAUUUUCAAAUGAUUAUAAAUUGAAAACCGUUUGUGAUAGACACAAUCUUUUUAAUUGAAAAUGUUCUAAAUGAUAAAGCCCAUUAAAUGAAAUUCAGGGUUAGUCCCCAGGGGUCACCCCCACCCCCUGCCCUUUAAGAAAGUUCUAAUACCUUGUAAGUGGUCAAGAUCCCCACCCCUAAACCAUAUAUAUUCUGGUUUGUCAUGCUAAGAUUGUUUGAAUGAUAUACAGGGUUAGUCCCCAGGGGUCAUCCCGACCCCCUGCCAUUUGAGAAAGUUCUUAUAUCUUGUAAAUGGUUGAGAUCCCCACCCCUAAACCAUAUAUAUUCUGGUUUGUCAUGAUAAAGCACAUCAAAUGAAAUACAGGGUUAGUCCCCAGGGGUCAGCCCCACCCCCUGCCAUUUAAGAAAGUUCUAAUAUCUUCUAAGUGGUCAAGAUCCCCACCCCUAAACCAUAUAUAUUCUGGUUUGUCAUGCUGAAAUGGUUUGAAUGAUAUACAGGGUUAGUCCCCAGGGGUCAUCCCGACCCCCUGCCAUUUCAGAAAGUUCUAAUAUCUUGUAAAUGGUUGAGAUCCCCACCCCUUAACCAUAUAUAUUCUGGUUUGUCAUGAUAAAGCACAUCAAAUGAAAUACAGGGUUAGUCCCCAGGGGUCACCCCCACCCCCUGCCAUUUAAGAAAGUUCUAAUACCUUGUAAGUGGUCAAGAUCCCCACCCCUAAACCAUAUAUAUUCUGGUUUGUCAUGCUGAGAUGGUUUGAAUGAUAUACAGGGUUAGUCCCCAGGGGUCAUCCCCACCCCCUGCCAUUUGAGAAAGUUCUAAUAUCUUGUAAAUGGUCGAGAUCCCCACCCCUAAACCAUAUAUAUUCUGGUUUGUCAUGAUAAAGCACAUCAAAUGAAAUACAGGGUUAGUCCCCAGGGGUCACCCCCACCCCCUGCCAUUAAAGAAAGUUCUAAUACCUUGUAAGUGGUCAAGAUCCCCACCCCUAAACCAUAUAUAUUCUGGUUUGUCAUGCUAAGAUGGUUUGAAUGAUAUACAGGGUUAGUCCCCAGGGGUCAUCACGACCCCCUGCCAUUUGAGAAAGUUCAAAUAUCUUGUAAAUGGUCGAGAUCCCCACCCCUAAACCAUAUAUAUUUUGGUUUGUCAUGAUAAAGCACAUCAAAUGUUAUACAGGGUUAGUCCCCAGGGGUCACCCCCACCCCCUUCCAUUUAAGAAAGUUCUAAUAUCUUCUAAGUGGUCAAGAUCCCCACCCCUAAACCAUAUAUAUUCUGGUUUGUCAUGCUAAGAUUGUUUGAAUGAUAUACAGGGUUAGUCCCCAGGGGUCAUCCCGACCCCCUGCCAUUUGAGAAAGUUCUAAUACCUUGUAAGUGGUCAAGAUCCCCACCCCUAAACCAUAUAUAUUCUGGUUUGUCAUGCUAAGAUGGUUUAAAUGAUAUACAGGGUUAGUCCCCAGGGGUCAUCCCGACCCCCUGCCAUUUCAGAAAGUUCAAAUAUCUUGUAAAUGGUCGAGAUCCCCACCCCUAAACCAUAUAUAUUUUGGUUUGUCAUGAUAAAGCACAUCAAAUGAAAUACAGGGUUAGUCCCCAGGGGUCACCCCCACCCCCUGCCAUUUAAGAAAGUCCUAAUAUCUUCUAAGUGGUCAAGAUCCCCACCCCUAAACCAUAUAUAUUCUGGUUUGUCAUGCUGAGAUGGUUUUAAUGAUAUACAGAGUUAGUCCCCAGGGGUCAUCCCGACCCCCUGCCAUUUCAGAAAGUUCUAAUAUCUUGUAAAUGGUUGAGAUCCCCACCCCUUAACCAUAUAUAUUCUGGUUUGUCAUGAUAAAGCACAUCAAAUGAAAUACAGGGUUAGUCCCCAGGGGUCUUCCCCACCCCCUGCCAUUUGAGAAAGUUCUUAUAUCUUGUAAAUGGUCGAGAUCCCCACCCCUAAACCAUAUAUAUUCUGGUUUGUCAUGCCAAGAUGAUUUGAAUGAUAUACAAGGUUAGUCCCCAGGCAUCACUAAUGCAUAUAACUUUACUGGACCAAACCAAUUUUCACUGGACGUUGCCCAAUGUCAGGCGACCCUGGGAAUAACGAAUUAUGGGAGCUUCGUUUGGGAGACUUCGUAACAGCAUCCUGUUACAAUCAUUUCUUGUUCAUUAAUAUAAUUGGCAACAAUAAAUUGAAAUUCAUGAAACAAAUUUUGGAUACAUAAAAAAUUAAUUUGUCAAUGUUCUCAUAUUGUCUGAAAUAUAUAGUCAUAACUGGGACUGCAGGUUUUUAAUUAUCUUCUCUAUGAAAUAGUAUAUAAUAUAUGAAGCACAGUGAUAACUAUAACUGCUUUAAAAUAUCUAAAACAUAGAAUUAAUUUAACUUGAAGAGGUCACAGAUUAAGGUCAUUAAUAUAUUAUUUUUUUCUCAAGCAUGUUUCCAGUUUGGGACAGAAGCUCACUUUGUCAAUGCAUACGUCUUCUGAGUACAUAUCUAUCUAAAACAUUACUGAACUGUUUCUACAACAAAAAGGUUUGAAGAUCAUCUAUGCUCAUUGACAAUUUUGAUGUUCUGUCCACAUUCAGAAUUGUUCAAAAUGUCAGAAUGCAAUAUGCAAAAUAAAGCUGUUGGACAUUUUUAUUAAAUGAAAAAUGUCUUAAAUUACAGAUGAAAUGAAUUAAAACCCUUGUUCCUGAAAAAGGGUUUUUAAAAGUGCGACCACACUACAAUUUCAAUGAUACAUGUAAAGAUUUAGAAAUAAAGGAUAAUUUUAAAACCUGUUUAUUGUUAUGUAAGGAAUCCAUUAGCAAUUCCAUUGGCAUGAAAUUGAACCAUGUGAUAUAAAAUGAAGAGAAUACAGCAUGUAUUACAUUGUAAAAUCCAGUUUAAGUUCUUAGAUAAUUAUCACCCAAUGAAUUUGAGGUGAGAAAAUUUUUCAUGUAAAAUCACUGAUGAUUUCAUUUGGAUAAUUGUUCCUUUAUACAAUAUUUAUAUUUUAAAGACAAUGAUGAGUUUAUGAUUGAGAUACACUUCAAUUCUCUAAAAUGGAAAUUUCAAUUAUGAAAAUAAUCUAGAAGGAGAAGGUACGAUAAGGCCAUAUUUUUGGUCAUCUAAAUUCAAAAAAAAAAAGCAUUACUAAUCUUUUAAAUACGUCCUUUAGAUGUUUACAAGGCGUUAAUUUGUAUGACAUCAGUAUUUAUAUUGACAUUUGUCUUGCAUCUUUGCUUUGGAGAUUAAAACGUCUUGCAUUUAAUGCAAAAUUGCAAAAAAUGCCAAAAUAGCCUUAUUUUGAGAUCUUGUUAUGAAUAUUUAGAUAUGAGCCAAGGCUUUAUCCGAAAAGAUAUUUCACUACACAGUGUCUUAGAAGAUGAUGAAAUUGUAGGUAAAAUAUCUUUUUUCUUGAAAACCUUGACUAUUAUUCAAUUUUAUCAAAAUCUAUGUGUCAAAAUGGCUAUUCUAGGUCAAAUAUGUGAAUUUCAACAUGCUUAUGAUAUCAGUGGCAUUCACAGCUGACAUUUCUGAACUAAAAUAGUUUUGAAAGGAGUCUAGAUAAUGAAUCUUAUCAUACCUCCUCUGGUUAACAGCUAAUGUCUAAAUGGUCAUUUUCUGUUCUGUCAUAGAUAGAUUUUUAGUUUGUAUGCAAUAUAUUUUUGUGAAAUAAUCAAUUUCUCUUAUAGGGUGAGAUUUUUUUCAAAUUGUGAUGUUAAAAUUAGGGAAGAGUAAAAGAUUGAAGAUGUUAUUUGAUACUAAUGCCUUUAUUUUUCUUUGUACAACAUUCAUAUUAAAAUAAAUCUAUUAUA